GACUUAUCACUAUCUUCCCUAAACAGCCCAAAUGUGGAUGUGUAAGACAAGUGUGGAUGUGUAAGAACUAUGGAUCUUCCGUCUAAGAUUUCAUAAUUGGGGAUAGAUGUAUGAUAGAAACCUAUUUCUAGGGUUCUAUCAAUUGGGUUGGGAAAUUGGGAAUUGAUAGGAAUUAUGGCUUUAGAAGAGAAUUUGGGGAAGAAGAUAGAUAAUCGGCCUAGACCUUUAGAAGGAUUGAGAUCUAGAACUAAGAGGAUAGGGAGAUUAUGAUUUAGGAGAGUUUUCUUAAUAUUCUUCUUAUUGAUUCUAAACGAAUAACAAAGUACAUUUAUAUAGGAAAAGAGCUGAAAACCUAAUAAUAACCCAAAACUUAACAACAAAGUAAUUAUUUAUUCUAAUAAUUAUCUCUAAUAUGGAUAUUGUAAUUAUAAUAGAAACAUGUGGAAAAUAGUUUUCUAUCAUCCCCUCUCCCUUGAGACCAAUCUUGCUCUCAAGAUUGACCAACUGGAUCCACUUCUCCGCUUUCCUCGUGCCACCUGCACAAUGAUUUCUUCAUCUCUUGCGCUUCUUCCAUUUUUUCCUUUUUCCAAUUUCAUUGAAGCUCACAACAAAUUCAACAUUAACAGCUUCAACUUUCAUCGAUCCUCCAGCAGUUCCAAUCUCUCUUGAUUCUUCUCUGACCACGUGACGCCUAUCAUCUUUGAUGGAAGAUGCUAUCAUAUCAGCCGCACAAAUGGAGAUAAAAACGAGCCACAACUCUCCACAAACUCUUCUUCUCCACUUCGAAACCUCCUAUGUCUUUGGGGUGGGUACCAGCCUGGUAGCCUAUUCAGGCUCACUUAGACCCUAGCCCACAUACCUCAGAGGAGCAACCUCUAGGGCACCAUCGUCGCCCAUGGAGUUUUCUGCAACGCCGAUGUGGUGACUAUCGCCGCGGUUGGAGUCACGCUGGUGGUGGGAGCUGUCGGCGGCAUCGACACCACUAGCACCACGAGCGUCUCCUUUGUUACGACUUCUUUCCUUCGCACGCUUUUAUGCUCCGCCUCCAUCUUCAUCAUCUGCAGUAUCGUCUUCUAAAACUCUUUCAUCUGUUCAAUGGCUCUUUGCAUUGUCUUUUGCAGGGAAGUCGAUAUCUCAUGCACACUACGAUUAAGAUCCACAUGGAGGCCCUUACUAAAGGUGACAUCUUCAUCCUCUAAGACCUCUUGUGGUGCUUUUUUCUGGAGAAGACUCCAUCAUAAUUUCUUCGAUGAACGUUGAUGCCGAGCAGGUUCUGGUACAACUAUAAGAACUAUGGAUCUAGGCAUCUCUGUCUAGGGUUCCACAAUUGUGGAUAGAUGCAGAAUUAGAAAUUUUGAAGGAUUAGGGAUUAGAAAGAUAUAAUUAAGGAAUGUUUUUGGGAAGAACAAGAGAGAGAAUGAGAGGGGUAAAGAUGCAGAAGAGGGGGUGGGGGUUGUUGGAUUGAGAGAGGGGAGAGAGAAUUAGGAUUUAAUGAAAUUAUGUUUGCCUAAUGAGAAAGUUUCCACAAUUACAUAAUUUAAAGUUUUACUCUAGCAAAUAUCUCAAAACCUCCAAAAUGCAUAAACAUGAGAAAACUGACAAAAUAAUCCAAAUAUAUAGUAAAUAAAGACAAAAGUCCGCGUUUAAAAUUAGGAGUGGCUCUCGGUCGAUUUAGGUUUAACCAAAAUCCGAAACAUGGGUUAUCGGUUAAUCGAAACUCUCCAAAUAAAUGUCGACCACCGACCCAGGACCAUGUUAGGUUAACCGGCGAACCGAUCGAACGGUUUUAGGUUUUGGGCUCGGUUAGCCGUGAAAUCAAAAUUGUGAUGGCCGGGUCAGUUUUAACCGGUAAAGAAGAGGAAGGGUUGAUGGCAUGGUUGAUUAAAAAGAAGAAAGAAAAAGAAAUUGAAGAAAACAAAGCAUAAGAAAAGAACAAAAGAAGAAAAAUAAAAUGAAGAACCUACCACGACUUAUGUAACCUAAUUCGUCCCUUUUGUGUGGCCGCUCCCAAUUUGGAGCGUGGAAACGCGGAUCGGAACGGGAUCGCCUAAAAGUCGCGAAUCCAUUUAUGCUAGAGCGCGGAUUCACUAUCAGCAAAGCGUGAAUUUCCCUAAGCUCAAUGUUCACUUGGCCCAAUGCUUACUUAGUCGAGUUUACGCCGUGUUGUUUGUGUCUGUCUUUGUCGGUUGUUGUGGCGAUUUGGCGGACAAGGUGGUGGUGAAGCUGGGCGUCAGAGGGGGAGAGAGUCGGGUUCUAGCGACGGGUCUCGGAGUUCGGAGAGCUAGCAGCGGGUCUCAAAUGAAGCCUUGGCUUAUCACCACCGUCCACUGAGACCUCUGUUGAUGCUGCCAUUGAUUGGGAUUUGAAAGUAGGAAACCCCCUGAUUUUGAUUCCAUUGUGAGAGAGGUAAGGUAAGAGCAGACAUGUGAGUUUACCCGAGCGAUUUCUGCCGAGUCUUUUCCUUCAAUUUGCUGGGAAGUUUUUCAAUUUUGAACGAGAAGGAAAAAGGAAUAAAGGUGCUCUGUUACCCAUUUAUCUUUAUAUUAAAAGAGGAAGGGAGGGUGAAAAAUUUAUAAUUAAAUUAAUGUUUAUUAUUUUUGGAGUGAUUGGUGGUGCACGUCCCAUCACUUGACUCCGUUUUAUGUAGGCUUAGUCCGUUUCCAUUAAAUUUAUUUAACCUAAUUAGUUAAUUGUAUUAGUCCAUUGUAGGAAAUUGAAGUCGAGUUCCCUCCUAGUCACUAAUUCUGUACAAUUUUGGAUCAUAUCUUAUAUAAAUAAUAAUAUAAUAUUGACGCUUUCUUCACGCUCUCAAUAUUGAAUUCUUCUAAGAUAGAUGCUUCUGCUCCCGCUCCCGCUCCACGAACUGGUUAUCUAAACCACGACACAUUUCUUCUCUCAUUAUCUUCUUAUUCUCUCUGCUUCUUCUUCUCUCUUCUUCUUCUUCUCUCCUCUCCACAUGUUUGUGCGGCCAACCGACCGACCGGCGGGGUGGUUCUCAUCGCCCCGACCUGAGGUAGAAGAGGAAGGGAUCGAGGGAAAACGACAAGGUCGGGGCCGGAAUGCGGUGAGUGGGACGGCGGGAACUGGAUUUGCCGAUUUGGAGUUGAUGGAGCCGGUUGGAAGUGAAAGGGCGAUCGGCAGGGUGGUUAUCACUGCCUCGACCUGAGGCAGAAGUGUAAAGGGGCGAGCGCGGGCGGCAAGGUCGGGGUCGAAAGGGGGCGAGUGAUGAAAUUUGGUAGUGGAAACUGGUGGAUGAUGGGGCAGAGAUUAAUUAGGUUUUCGUUUUUGUCCUUGGGGGUGGUUGAAUCUGGUGGUGGAAACUUGUGGACACGGUAUCGUUUGGGCAUUUUGGGGGGUGGAGGUUUGUUAACUUUGGUUAGCCGGUUAACCACGGAAAUAGCCUUCGGUUACUCGGCUAACCGAAACACACCUCCCUCCCUACGAACACUGACCGCUCGUUAGUUUAGUCAGUUUUCAGUUAGCCGCAAACCGGUAUUUAUCGGUUAAACUAACCGGUUAGCCGCUAACUAGUGUUUAACGGUUAAACUAACCGGUUGGUCGUUAACCGACAACCGAACUGCCACGCCUAUUUAUAAUUAUAAUGCUUUGGUCAUCCGGUUCAAUAAAACCAAAUAGAAGCGAACCGAAUCGAGCUCAAACCGAACCAAAACCGAAUAAGUAUUGUUCGGUUCAGAAUUCUGAAGGAGAAUUGACAUAAUUCGGAAAUCAGGGUCUUCUUGUGCGAACCGAGCUUCCGAACCCCGAACCGAUGAACCGAAAUAUACUGCCUAGCCCAAUGCACUCGCUGGCGCAAUCCCCUAACAGCCCAAAUCUCCUAUUUCAAAGCCCAGUCAGACCCCACAAGGCCACAACCCUAAGUCCAAUCCCCUACCAGAUUCCCACCCUUAACCCUAUCUCUAAUUCCCUAUCGCUUAUCAAAUUCCUUUUCCCACAGCAGCAGGCAACGCCUUGCCGGUCGUUGCUCCUUUGCCAACCACCAACCCUCCACUGCUGCCGUUCCAAAGGAGAUCUCUACUCUUGCUCAUCGACUGCCCACUGGAGUCCGAUCAUCGAUGGCAUUUCCCCUCUCUUCGCUCUCUUCUACUCCCUGAAACUAGAAACCCAAAUCCAAACAUAAAAACGCACAUGAAUCAAAAUCAAUAUUGAAAACAAACGAGUGAACCACAUGCAUGUUGAAAAUGAAAAGAGCUUACCCGAUUCUAGAUCCAACUUCAUCGUUGUCGUUCGUGGCCUUGGGAGUUUAAUCUCCCUCUUCAUCGUCGCUCGUGGAUGUGGCCUGUUUGUUCAAUCUCCGAUUGUCAGCCCGUCGGGGGGAUUGGAGCAUCGUCCCAAUUCCUGUCGCCAGCUAUGCCCGCCCCCGUCUCCACCACGCUGAGAGACGACAGCGAAUGGAAGAAGAAGGGACUCUUUGGUGGAGCCGUCAACGACUGAUGAGCCAAAAUCUAAUGUUGCGGCGGGAGAGGGGAGAAGGAAGAGGAGGAAGUGGGCGAGAGGAGCUUUAGAUUGAGAUUGAUUUUUUUUUAUUUUGUAGAAUAGAUGGGUUUAUGGGCUGUCUUUUGUCAACGAGGAGAAGAAAGAGUGACAGAGGGGGAGAAGUUCGGGUUUUGGGUUUCCAGUUCCAAACCGAUUUAUAUUUUGGUUCGACCUGAACGAACCGAAAUGUAAUUCGGUUUGGAAUUGGUUUACCCUUUGAGUGAAAUAAGGGUACCGGUAAUCAUCAUUUCGGUUUGGUUUGGCCCAAACCGAUCGAAUGCCCACCCCUACCUUGGAGCGAUCAAUCUUGGCUCCCUCAAAGCCUCCAUGCAAUAGACAUAAACUCACCAUUUGCAAGCUCGAGGGUACGAUGUUGGCAGAAAUGGCACCCUAGGCACCAAUUCAUUUUAUGGAAGCCGUGUUUUAGGUGUUUUUUGGAAUCUCGUCCUCGACUGAUGUUCUCCUUAGCACCUGCCCCAUGUGCAACUAGUUUAUUAGUUAUGUAGGUUAGCGAACUAUAGAGGUUUUUAGACGAUGUAAUGAUUGAUUCAUGGUUUAUAUGAGUAUUUUGAUUGUUUGAUAUCUUCGUAUGAUUUUUUGUUGAUUGCGUACUGAGGAUGCUACUAUCAUCUCAUGCGAUAUAGACUUCAAAUUUGACGUUGUGUUAGAUGUGACUGAUUAUCAAUCGAUUGAACUGCAUGACACCUCAUUAGAGAAAUCUAUAGGGUCUCAUUGUAGCUUAUUAGAUCUAGUAAACGUCAGACACAAGGUGGGAUUAAAUCCUACAAGAAUUAGACAGCUCGUAUGCUGCCAGUAUCAGUAGAAGCAAGUCUAAGGAAACUCUAGGGGAGCUUGUCUAUGCAACAGUUUUCCUUCUGCUUUUCCUCGUCCAGUAGUAUAAGUUGUCUUUAUUUUUGCUUUAGAUUUUCGAACCAAACAAUGAGAACUUAAACUCCGAAGACACUUGAACCUAAGGAUGGCAAUGGGUAGGGUCGGGUGCGGGUUUACCCUAUACCAACUCCUAACCCGUCGGGUAGAGACUUCUAAAAUACCCGACCAAAUAACCACCGGGUAUGAAAAUUAUAUAACCUUACCCUACCCGCCGGAUAACCACGGGUAUUCGGGUAACCAUGGGUACAAAUCCUAAACUAUUAACUUAUACACAUAUAUGCACAUACAUACUGUUGUCCAUUAAAAAUUCUAAAUACUUGUAACUUGUAACUGUUCUAGCUUCAACAAUCCACACAAAUAAAAAUAGCAAACACAUAAUAAUUGUUCUUGCUUCUACAAUCCACACAAACAUAAUAAUCGUUUACAUCUUCAUCAUCAAUAAUGGUAGCUAAACUCAAUUUCUCAAGCUAAUCUAAAUUUCUCAAGGGAAAUUGACCCUUUGGUUAGCGGGGCGGGUAUUAUUGAUUACCAUACUCGUACCCUACCCUUUAUUUUGAAGCCGGGUAUUACCGGAACCCGCCCCUUAACCCGUCAAAGCGGGUAAUUACCCUCGUUGACCGGUUACGGUCGGGUAGGGUACCCAUGGUUACGGUUCGGAUUGACAUCCCUACUUGAACCUCCUCAUUCGUUUUUACAAACCUAAAAGCAGGUAACUUACUGACAGAGUAAGGAGAUAUGUAGGGCCGAAGGAAAUACAUUCCUAGUUACCAACCAGGUAAAUUCGACCCUUGUUAUACGACGGAUUAACGACCACUUUAUGCAAGACCGUUUGUUGCUUAUGUCCUUGCGAUAUAGGCGACUAGGCUCGAAAAUUCACAAAGGAGACCUAAAUUAGACCCACUUGGAAAAUAGUGUUUCUCAUGUACUUUGGUGAGAGAAUUAAUAUGUUUUGUAUCUCUAUCUAGCUUAUCUCUAUACUCAAAGGUACCUUUGCUUACAUCUCAAACUGGGCAAUGCCAAUAAGAAGACGGUUAAUAUGUUUCUUAGGUCAUUAGCAACCACCCAUUUUGAGCUAUAAAAACAAUAUAAAUUAGCUACAAAAUACAUAGUAAUUUUCUUUAUCUGUCAAAUCAAAAUAUAUCACAUAUUGAUAAGAAAAACAAAUUCCAACCACAUCCUCCAUCACUUAAACUCACUCCUUACCAAAGAAGGAAAUAAUUUAAUCUCGGUUUUCCUGGGACACCUACUUGAAAAGCUCUGCCUAACAAGGAUGUUGAAAAGGGAGGACCUAAGUAUUUUUAAUUAUGCUUUUUAUAAACUUAAAUUAGGAUUGUGUUUAUUUUCUAUUUUGGAGAUGUUUUGGAUAUUUUGUGGAAUUAGUCUACACAAUUCAAAGGCUAGUUGAGUAGGGGAUUUGGUAGAAAUUAUUGAAUAAUAAGAAAAGUCUAAGGCAUCU